AUGUCCAAGGACGACAAGAAAGAACCAGGCUACGUCCUGGGCACCGAGACUGAUGGAACAGACUCUUUUGAUACCAUCACUGCUCUGGUCGCCGCAGACCAUGAACAUGAUAUCAAGCUUCGGACUAUGUCGUGGCAGAAGACCGCCUGCUUGCUUGCCGGUGAGCAGGUCUGUCUGGCCAUCAUGGCACAGUCGUGGUCUCUCUCUGUCCUCGGAUGGGUUCCGGGAAUCAUUACUAUGGUCCUUUGCGGACUCCUCUUCUGGGUUACCUCGAUCACAAUGCACAAAUAUAUCAUGAAGCAUCCUCAUAUCAUGGAUAUCUGCGAUUUUGGAUACCAUGUGUUUGGACAGAGCAAAGCUGCCUACGUCUUUUCCGCAUUCAUGAUGCUUGCGAACAAUAUUCUUCUCAUCGGAUUUCACGUUUUGACUGGCGCCAAGGUUUUGAAUACCCUAUCAGACCACUCAUUGUGCACUGCUGUCUUCUCAAUAAUUGUGGCCAUUAUGGGAAUCAUCAUGUCCAUGCCCCGGACUUUGCAACAUGUUAGCUUCAUGUCAAUGUUCUCAUCCGCCUGUAUGGGUAUCGCAAUUAUUCUCUUCCUCGUUUUCGCCGGCAUCGAAAAGGCCCCUCUGUACGGAUACAAGGGCAACUACCCCACAGACGGACCCGUGAAGACCUAUGCGUUUCCUCUACCAGGCACCACAUGGGUCGCUUGUAUGAACGCUGUGCUGAACAUCACCUAUCUCUGGGUCCCCCAAAUUCUGUUCCCAACCUUCAUCUCAGAGAUGGAAAGGCCGCAAGAUUUCCCUAAAGCAUUGGCAGUUCUCGCCGCGAUCUCUGCCAUCCUAUUCAUCGUCCCUUCAGCCAUUGGAUUCCGCUACCUGGGCCAAUAUGCUACCGCCCCCGCCUUCGGCAGUUUGGGAGUCGUCUCAUACAAGAAAGCAUCCUUCGGCUUCGUGAUCGUCCCUACCCUGGUUAUUGGCGUGAUAUACGCGAACGUAACUGCAAAAUUCAUCUACACUCGCAUCCUCGGCAAGUCCCGACACUCGCACAGCCACACCGUGAUUGGAUGGAGUGUGUGGGGAGUAAUUAUGAUCGGGAUCUGGAUACUCGGGUUUGUUUUCGCGGAGAUCAUUCCCAGCAUGGGUGAUUUCCUUUCCCUUCUCAGCGCGGCCUUUGAUUCAUUCUUCGGGUUCAUUUACUUUGCUGUCGCAUACUGGCAGCUGAACCGUGGAUCGCUUUUCAAGAACCUGGGAAAGACUGCAUUGACUGUGCUCAAUAUCAUCAUCAUGCUGGUUGGACUGUUCUUGCUGGGUCCUGGCCUGUACGCAGCAGUUGAGGCGAUCAUUGCUGACUACGCGGGAUCUGUCACGCCUGCCUUUACUUGUGCCAAUAUGUCUAUAUAA